AUGCGAUCAAUCAAAAGCGUCUCGAGCAGUAUCACCAGCCCAAAAAAGGAGGAGGAGGCGCUGGGAGGUGAAGCUAUUGAGCGCACUGUCGUCAAUGGUCUGCGGGCGUCCUACGAUUGUGCGGAGGGAUGGAGCACACGCUCCCGCAUUCAGGCUGCUCAUACAUCUGUCCGUUCAUAUGCCGUCUCAUUUGUGCUUGCCGGACCCGUAGGUUGGUCUUCCUAUCACAUUAAUCGUGAGUUGUUUUUGUCAUGUUGCGACUCGUGUGAUGGCUGUAAGAGGAGGAAUUGUCAAGUUGGUGCGAUGACCACACAUGUCUCAUCCGAGGGAGUUCGGUCGUCGUCUUGGCUUUGCUGCGGAAAGUGUUCCAUGCCAUCGUUAUCCAAGAUGCCAUCGGCAGCACGUAGUCUGGUCUCGAAUAUGUUCUCUUUCCUGAACGGUUCCCCAUCACCACAACCCGGUGCCAGCGAGAAGGUCGGCACGCACUUCAGCACUCCUCAAACGGAUCGAAAAAGUCGUGUGAAUGGCGUAAGAAGAAUGAGUGAUGGACAAACGAAUAAAGCCACUGGAAAGGUAGAUCGUGGAGCUUCUAACGUUAAUCAGAAAACAAAUCUCGUAUUAGAGCGAAUAAAAGUGAAAAAUGUGGAACGGUGGGAGCCAAACGUGUACGAGAAAGAGUUACUUCGUCGGACAUGGAGCGAUGAAUUUGAAUUCCUCUACGAACUUGGAUCCUCAAUCUAUAUGUAUAUUUUUGAACACAAUCCAAACUGCAAACAGUUGUUUCCUCAACUCAUCAAAUACGGCGAUAACUGGAAAGAUUCCCGGGAAUUUCGAUCACAAGCGCUCAAAUUCGUACAGACCUUGUCGCAAGUUGUCAAAAAUAUUUACCACAUGGAUAGGCUAGAGCCGUAUUUGUACGGUAUCGGACAACGACAUUGCAAAUACGCUGGUCGAGGAUUCAAACCUGAAUAUUGGGAGGAUUUUCAGGACGCCAUGGAACAUUCACUUGCCGAACAUAUGAAUAGUUUAGCUGAUUUGGACGCCCGCCAACGGAUGGACGCCGUCACCGUCUGGCGAACGUUAGCCCUCUAUGUCAUCGCCCACAUGAAAGCCGGCUAUUUUGACGGUCUAAAAUCUAUCAAUAAACAUCCUCCAUUAGCCUGA